AUGUCUAGUGCCAUCAUAGGUAGGAAAGUUGAUAAGGAAGUUCUGUUCAAUAUUGAUGGGUAGCCAAUUAAUGAUAGUAAUAAUUGAUAAUAUGACUAGAUGUCAAAGUUUUGAAGUUUGCAGCCACUCCUCAACCAUAAUUAGUUAAAUCGUCCAAAGAGCCUGCUAAGAAAGAAUAAGAAAAAAGUAAACAAAAUAAAUUGAACAACAAUUCAUCAUAGAAAACAAUACCCAAAAAGUCAACUUAAAUUCCAAAUUCAAAAAAACAAACAGAAUCAAAAAAAUAAUAACCAACCACAUAAUCUCAUACGGUAUUUCAGAACAUUACAAAUCAUCAAAAAUCAGCUAAGUUGUCAUCUCCUGAAUCCCAAAGAUCACCAUAACACUCUCCUAAAUCUAAAUCGCCAAUUCGAAGUCAUAAUGCCCCAUACAGAGAACCAAGAUAAUUUAAACCUUUAAGUGAAUAAUUCCCAAAUUUGGUUGGAGCAUUAUUUGAAUAGAAGAAAUUUACAGAGGAUGUUGAUGAUGACUCUUAGACAAGUGGAACUGAAUCCUAUAUCUCAGAUAGAGAAUAAGGAGAUGAUGAAAUUAGGUAAGCACCUUAGCCAGAAUCAAAUCCUUAAGUAUAUAGAAAUGUGAGUAAAAUCGUUGCUGAAAAUAACAAAAAAUAUGUGUAUUCAAAAAAGGAAGAAGCAGAAAGAUAGGAGAGAAUGAGACAAGAAAAAUUAUAAUAAAGAGAAAGAAUGAAAAAAUAUGGCAAAUAAUAAAUUGUUAGAGCCCAUACUUAAAGGGAGAAUUUUGAAUAAAAAUUUGCUUGGGGUGUCAAUUAAAAAAAAUUACAAGAUGAAAAAAUGAAGUUUACAAAAUUAUAAGAAGAAAAGGAAUAUGAACGACAGUUAAAAAUUGAAUAAUAAGAAGAAGAGCAGAAACCUAAUUAAGUUAAUUUGGCUAAGUUAUUCCCUGAAAGUUAAGACAGAGAGUCUCGCUAUAAAAAAAUGUGGGUAGAGGAAGCCAAAAAGGCAGUUGAUAAGAAAUAAUUUUCAUUAUCUUAAAGGGAAAAAACUAAAUCUCCAGUCAGAUGUAAAUCCUAACACUCCUCCAAGUUGAAUUAAGACUUUUUUGAGUAAAAUGCUAAAAUCAUUAUUGAUGAAAUGUAAUAGCAAAAGAAAUAAAAGUAAAAGGAAACAAUAAUAAAAAAGCAUAAGAUUGAUUAUAUUAAUAGACAGGUAAAAGCAAUCUUUUCAUCAAUGAAAAAGCGUAAGUGGACUCCAGAUAAAGAAUUUGAUAACAAAGUAGGACCAUCAGUAAGUUUAAGCAGAAUCAAACAACCUAGAGAUGAUUUUGGAGUUAAAGAGAUGUUCGAAGAGGCUGAAAAUGAAGCAGAAGAUCUUAAUGAAUAAGGAAAGGUUUAACAUUAUUAACAAAAAGUGAAAAAUGGGAAAGUUCUGACUUCCAGAGAAGUUAGAGAAUUUAAAGAAGAUUAAGAAAAGAAAUAAAAAAAAGUUGAAAAAUUUAAAACUGAUCUUAAAGAUAGAAAAAAUAUUACUUUAAAGAAUCCAGAACCUCUUACAGAGAAGGAACUCAAGUUAAAAAGAGAAAUGGCUUAGCAAAUUGAUAUUAAAGGAGAGGUGGAAAAAUAAAUAAAGAAAUCAUAAACUAAAGAACCAAGAAAUCCUUAGAAAGUUCAAAAGACAACCAUUUAAGAACCUGAUUUAGGGGAAUUCAUAUUUGCAGAGGCAGAAUUACCUUAAUAUAAAGGAGAUUAUGAAGAGGAAUAAAAAAUGGGUUUUAGAGAAUAAGUUGAAAUGGAAAUAAAAGAAUAAAUUUUAAUGUAGAAAAAGAAAAGACCAGCUGUAAGAGAGGUUUAAUAAGAGAAACCUAGAUAAGAAUAGGCUCGUAAACCUUAAGAGAGGGAGAAAGGUCCAAAAUAUAGGAAAGAACAAAAGUUUGUUAGUCAACCUAGAUAUCCUGUGUUUCAUGAUUUGGGCGAAGUCCAAUUAUUAGAGGAUGAUAUGUAUAAUGCAUAACAUUCUAAAUGGACUCCUUAUGCUGGAAAAUUAAUUGACAACAGCAGUGAUGAAGAAGAUGACAGAGAUUUCCUAGAGAAAACAACAAUAUAAUUGAGAUCAAAUCUUAAAAAAGGAAAGGAAAAUUUGGGAUCUUAAAAAACCUAUUCCAAGUCUGUGUAGGGAAAGAAAACUGUUUACUUCAGAGAGCCUGAAAGUGAAAAGAAGGAUAUUGGAAAUCAAUAUUUAACGGAAUAAAAGGAAUAAUUAAUGAGAAUAGUUUAAAAGUAAUUGUUNCAUCAUAGGUAGGAAAGUUGAUAAGGAAGUUCUGUUCAAUAUUGAUGGGUAGCCAAUUAAUGAUAGUAAUAAUUGAUAAUAUGACUAGAUGUCAAAGUUUUGAAGUUUGCAGCCACUCCUCAACCAUAAUUAGUUAAAUCGUCCAAAGAGCCUGCUAAGAAAGAAUAAGAAAAAAGUAAACAAAAUAAAUUGAACAACAAUUCAUCAUAGAAAACAAUACCCAAAAAGUCAACUUAAAUUCCAAAUUCAAAAAAACAAACAGAAUCAAAAAAAUAAUAACCAACCACAUAAUCUCAUACGGUAUUUCAGAACAUUACAAAUCAUCAAAAAUCAGCUAAGUUGUCAUCUCCUGAAUCCCAAAGAUCACCAUAACACUCUCCUAAAUCUAAAUCGCCAAUUCGAAGUCAUAAUGCCCCAUACAGAGAACCAAGAUAAUUUAAACCUUUAAGUGAAUAAUUCCCAAAUUUGGUUGGAGCAUUAUUUGAAUAGAAGAAAUUUACAGAGGAUGUUGAUGAUGACUCUUAGACAAGUGGAACUGAAUCCUAUAUCUCAGAUAGAGAAUAAGGAGAUGAUGAAAUUAGGUAAGCACCUUAGCCAGAAUCAAAUCCUUAAGUAUAUAGAAAUGUGAGUAAAAUCGUUGCUGAAAAUAACAAAAAAUAUGUGUAUUCAAAAAAGGAAGAAGCAGAAAGAUAGGAGAGAAUGAGACAAGAAAAAUUAUAAUAAAGAGAAAGAAUGAAAAAAUAUGGCAAAUAAUAAAUUGUUAGAGCCCAUACUUAAAGGGAGAAUUUUGAAUAAAAAUUUGCUUGGGGUGUCAAUUAAAAAAAAUUACAAGAUGAAAAAAUGAAGUUUACAAAAUUAUAAGAAGAAAAGGAAUAUGAACGACAGUUAAAAAUUGAAUAAUAAGAAGAAGAGCAGAAACCUAAUUAAGUUAAUUUGGCUAAGUUAUUCCCUGAAAGUUAAGACAGAGAGUCUCGCUAUAAAAAAAUGUGGGUAGAGGAAGCCAAAAAGGCAGUUGAUAAGAAAUAAUUUUCAUUAUCUUAAAGGGAAAAAACUAAAUCUCCAGUCAGAUGUAAAUCCUAACACUCCUCCAAGUUGAAUUAAGACUUUUUUGAGUAAAAUGCUAAAAUCAUUAUUGAUGAAAUGUAAUAGCAAAAGAAAUAAAAGUAAAAGGAAACAAUAAUAAAAAAGCAUAAGAUUGAUUAUAUUAAUAGACAGGUAAAAGCAAUCUUUUCAUCAAUGAAAAAGCGUAAGUGGACUCCAGAUAAAGAAUUUGAUAACAAAGUAGGACCAUCAGUAAGUUUAAGCAGAAUCAAACAACCUAGAGAUGAUUUUGGAGUUAAAGAGAUGUUCGAAGAGGCUGAAAAUGAAGCAGAAGAUCUUAAUGAAUAAGGAAAGGUUUAACAUUAUUAACAAAAAGUGAAAAAUGGGAAAGUUCUGACUUCCAGAGAAGUUAGAGAAUUUAAAGAAGAUUAAGAAAAGAAAUAAAAAAAAGUUGAAAAAUUUAAAACUGAUCUUAAAGAUAGAAAAAAUAUUACUUUAAAGAAUCCAGAACCUCUUACAGAGAAGGAACUCAAGUUAAAAAGAGAAAUGGCUUAGCAAAUUGAUAUUAAAGGAGAGGUGGAAAAAUAAAUAAAGAAAUCAUAAACUAAAGAACCAAGAAAUCCUUAGAAAGUUCAAAAGACAACCAUUUAAGAACCUGAUUUAGGGGAAUUCAUAUUUGCAGAGGCAGAAUUACCUUAAUAUAAAGGAGAUUAUGAAGAGGAAUAAAAAAUGGGUUUUAGAGAAUAAGUUGAAAUGGAAAUAAAAGAAUAAAUUUUAAUGUAGAAAAAGAAAAGACCAGCUGUAAGAGAGGUUUAAUAAGAGAAACCUAGAUAAGAAUAGGCUCGUAAACCUUAAGAGAGGGAGAAAGGUCCAAAAUAUAGGAAAGAACAAAAGUUUGUUAGUCAACCUAGAUAUCCUGUGUUUCAUGAUUUGGGCGAAGUCCAAUUAUUAGAGGAUGAUAUGUAUAAUGCAUAACAUUCUAAAUGGACUCCUUAUGCUGGAAAAUUAAUUGACAACAGCAGUGAUGAAGAAGAUGACAGAGAUUUCCUAGAGAAAACAACAAUAUAAUUGAGAUCAAAUCUUAAAAAAGGAAAGGAAAAUUUGGGAUCUUAAAAAACCUAUUCCAAGUCUGUGUAGGGAAAGAAAACUGUUUACUUCAGAGAGCCUGAAAGUGAAAAGAAGGAUAUUGGAAAUCAAUAUUUAACGGAAUAAAAGGAAUAAUUAAUGAGAAUAGUUUAAAAGUAAUUGUUAUAUUUAUUAUAUAGUUAAAAGGCCAGAGGACAGAUGACAAGUGAUGAUGAUUCUGAUACAGACUUUUGCAAAGCAUACUCGUCAUAGAUAUGGUUAGCAACAGACCCUAUGAAGCGUGACGUUUUCAUUAUGACCUCUAAAGAAUUAAUGGAUUUACCUCAUAUUUAGUUAUGA